AUGGCAACGCAACUUGUCCCUCUGCCGGAGGUAGAACGCCUCAGCGCCUCGGUCAUCCGGAUUUUGGCAGGGAACCCGGGGAAGUUUACCUUGCAAGGAACAAAUACCUAUCUCAUCGGCCGCGGCCACCAACGCAUUCUCAUCGACACCGGUCAGGGCGAGCCCGCAUGGGUAAAUAACCUGACCUCUGUGCUUUCCUCGGAAAAGGCUACCGUCCACCAUGCCCUGCUCACACACUGGCACGGCGACCAUGUCGGCGGAGUGAAAGAUCUCCUGCGUCUUUGUCCACAGGCUUGUGUGUAUAAGUGCGAGCCUGACAAAGACGAGGGUCAAGUGGGCAUUGUCGAUGGGCAAGUAUUCAGCGUCGAAGGCGCGACACUGAAAGCUGUGUUUUCACCAGGCCAUACGGAGGAUCAUAUGGCUUUUGUAUUGGAAGAGGAAGAUGCCAUUUUCACCGGGGAUAGUGACUUACACCGUAUGCGCGACCGGGUUCAGGGCCGUGGGUAUCCUGGCCACGGGGCUGUGAUGGAGAACGUUAAUGCCCGGAUAUCGGAGUAUAUCAAGCAUCGGAAGCAGCGGGAGGACGAAGUAGUGCGCGUCUUACGAUGGGGAAAGUUGGACGUGAGUCCUGGAGAGCAAUCACCCGAGCCGAAGCGCUCAUGGACACCGCUACAAUUGGUGAAGGUGAUCUAUAAGGAUGUGCCGGAGAAUCUGCAUCUGCCGGCAUCGCAUGGGAUUGGGCUGGUUUUACACAAGUUGGAGGAUGAGGGGCGGGUGGUGCAUGAUUCUGAGUCUGGGGAGUGGAGUUUGAGUGAGAAGUCUGCGUUAUGA